UGAAAAAUUGAGAGUUUGCGCUUACAUCAAUUAUUUUCUUUUACACAAAUUUAACAAACUUAAAGUGCAGAAUGAGUGAUGAAAUUGAAGAUGAAGAUUUUUUUGAAAACAAAAAGAGCGCCACUUCAAUGAGGUCGGAACGAGAGGAGUCCCAAGAACAUAUUGGCGAAAAUUGCGUAUGUAUAAGAAAAUGCCCAUUAACAUGUGGCUUGAUAUUGAUAGCUUUGGGAAUAUUAGUGUACAUAACGAUAAUAAUCUGCACGCUUAAAUUUAAAAUUGCGUCACAGGUGGACACAAUACCUUUAUACAACUAUUAUUAUACGGAUUAUGCGUAUCUUGAGGAUGUUAAAGAGAAGGAAGGUGGUACUAGUGAUGAAGCCCAACUUGAUCCUAGUAAACAGAUAAACGGUACAAGCAACAACGAUACUGGAACAGACAACACUGAAACCCCUCCGGAGACCAAAAAAUCUAAAAGAGAUGAAAUUGGAAUUAGAGAUAAAUACACAAAUAAUGGAGGCAAUACAGUUACUGAACAAAAAGCCAGUACAGCAUCUUCAGGCAAACAUGAAAAAUCCACCACGGCAACACCAACAAAACUGGAAGAGUGCAUAAGAAAUGCUCGAUUUUGACUAUAAAUUUGUGAGUGAUAUUUAUGCAAUUUGUUUCUGAUGUAUUGCAGUGCAUUGAUGAUGAACCAAGAUAGUUUGAUUUCAGAAUCCUUGAAGUUAUUGAAGUUUUGAAUAAAAAUUAUAGAAUUUCUGGGUUUUUACAUCUUCUAGAAUCUCAC